GAGAUGUUGCAAAUGAAGAGGAUUCAACACAAUGGCGUGCAUCAGAGCUGAUCGCGCAGAGGUGAGGAAGCCUGGGCGCAUGGGCGAACGGGCGAAUGGGCGACGAACCGGGAACACAAUCAGCCCAGUUCCGGCCACGGCUGAUGCUCCCGCCGCCGCGGCGCGUCACAGCCCACUGCAGCCAAUAAAAGGCAGCGGGCGCUCCUUGGCCCUGACAUCAUGGCUGCCGCGCGCUGGAGCUUGUUCGCCUGGGCGCUUCUGGUCGCACGGUGCGCCUCCCCCGCUCAGGGCAAGCCCGCGAUGAGUAUCACCAACGACCUUCAACUUCUUCGAGCUUGCAACACGACGUCUCCGGUCAGCUUGGAUACCCUAAAUUCUGCUCUUAUCAAUCGUCAAUUGUCCACAGAUAAGACACUUCCAUUCAAGUGCUUUCUUCACUGCAUGUACACAAAAUAUGAAAUCAUGGACGAGAAGGGCAACUUCCUGCAGGAGAACAUGAGAGACUCGCUCGCCAGCUCGGAACUGGAUCUCUUCACCACUGACCUCCUCAUCUACAGGUGCAUCAAGACUGGAGCUGAAUCGCAAGAAAAGUGCGAGAGAGCAUUCCUCUUCACUCAGUGCUUCUGGACAGAAACUCUGAAAAUGACGGAGGAAGAAUACGUUAUGCCUGAUGAAUAUUACAACAAAUAUUAGUUGUUCAAGGAUGCAUGCUCCUUACAUUUAUUUAUUUUGGCUACUAAGUGGUAAAUGUUUAUGCUGUCGAGUAAGUUUUUAAUAUUAUAUACAUUUCAUUUUUAUUUACUGUUAUUGCCAGUGAAC